UGAAAGUUACGUAAAUCUUAGUUUGUGUGUGUAUCGGGAUUAUCACAACUAGUACAGAAACUUAGCAUUAAAAUGGUUUCAGUUUUAGAGAACAUAGAUUUCAACCAACUGUCUAGUAUUUGCUUUAGUGAUCGUUUUUAGUACAUUGUUGCUAGUAAAGAAACUCAAGUUUACUAGCGCUGAAAUAGUUAAGAGAGUCUGCAACAAUGAAAUUCCUUCCAAUAAUUCAGUGACGCCGUCAUUUUUAUUCGGAGCUGCUGGAAUAACUACUAUCAGCGUCUUGAGCGGCUUACACUUGCACCUAUGUAACUUAAUGAAAAUCGGAGUUCAAAAAAGGAAACGAAAAAAGCAAUACAUGAAAGCAGUUGUCAUAAGGUCGUACAGCGGAGUUUCGUCGAUAGAAGUACGAAAUGACUUAUCCGUUCCGAGAGUUCUUGAAAAGAAUGAAGUACUUAUCAAAGUAAUUGCUGCUAGCUUCAAUGACAUUGACCUCAAAAUUACUAGGGGUUAUGGAAGAGCGAUUCGUUCACAUCUGCGAAAAUACAAUCGACAUGCUAACGACGAAUCUACGAUUAUUCUUGGUAGAGAAUGUGCUGGUAUAGUUCUCGACGCAGGCACUGAGGUUGAAACUGUCUGCAAAGGCGAUGAAGUAUGGGCGUUUUCAGCAUACUGUAUGGAAGGAUUAAUGGCUGAGUAUGUUGUUGUAACCGAAGACCGAGUGACAAUAAAGCCAAAAAAUCUGACCUUUGAAGAAGCUGCCAGUUUACCUUUCACUGCAAUACAGGUGUGGAAUGCAGUUUCGCAUCAAGCGCAGUUAAGCUCGACAUCGGCAAGCGGCAAAAGGGUUCUGGUACAUGCAGGAAAUUCUGCAGUUGGAUUAUUUGCAAUGCAGUUACUGAAAAGUUGGGAUGCGGAUGUUACAACAACAGUUCCAACGGCUGGAUUGCCAAUGUGCCACGAACUAGGGGCGAAUGACAUAAUAGUGUACACGGUGACGGAUUUUGAAACAGAACUUCGUAAAAGGCAAAGGUUCGAAUUGGUCAUCAACACCAUAGGAUCCGUUAUUCAUGAUUUAUGUGUCGAUAUUUGUCGCCCAGGAGGUAAAAUUAUCACGUUUGUUACUACGCCAAUUCUCUCGGAUAAGUUUGGCGUUUUCACAGGGUCAUUGUUUGCAUUAUCCGUUCAAGCUAUAGCGUGGAUAAAGAAGAUAAAACAUGGGAUCUUUCAGUUCAGAUGGGAUAACCUGUCUUACGACAAGGAAUAUCUACUGAGAACAGUACAAUUAGCUGAGGACAGAAAGGUGUUGCCAAUAAUAGAAAGAACAUAUGAAAUAAAUGAUGCUGUAAGUGGAUUUCAUCAAUUAGCACAAUUUGAAAAUGUUGGCAAAAUGGUUCUUAGACUAUCACAGCAAGAAAAUGCAAGAUAUAUUAUGUCAUAAAUGAAAAGAAUUAAAAUUUCUGUUAGAGAAAAUUGUACUCCAUUGUUAAAUUGUAGUUUAAAAAAAAAAGGAGAUGGGGCGUCAGUUCAAUUAAAUGAUGUUAGG